UUCUCUAUCACGCAUCACGCAGCGUGAGUUGUGAUAAGCAUAUUUUUCCGUUUUCAGCGAGUGUGCAGUCCACCAAUUUACCCUUACGAUGGGUGACGAUGAAGUAUUCAAUGGCGUGAAUAACGAUGCACGAACCAAUGGCAGCUCGGACACGGUUAAAACGCCUUUCGUGAUAGGUGUCGCCGGCGGUACUGCCAGCGGAAAGUCGACCGUAUGCAAACGCAUCAUGGAACAACUGGGUCAGGCUGAUAUGGAUCACACACAACGACAAGUUGUAACCAUAAGUCAGGAUAGCUUCUACCGGGAGCUUACAGACGCAGAGAAAUCUCGCGCCGAAAAGGGCCUCUUUAAUUUUGACCACCCGAGCGCUUUCAACGAGGAGCUUAUGUUGCAGACACUGCAAAGCAUCUUGCAGGGGAAAAAAGUGGAAAUUAGCGAGUACGAUUACCGUAAGAAUGCGGUCUGCCCAGAGAAGCUAAUCACUAUCUAUCCGGCCGAUGUGGUUCUAUUCGAGGGCAUUCUUGUGUUCUACUUUCCUGCAAUACGUGACUUGUUUCAUAUGAAGCUGUUCGUCGAUACCGAUUCCGAUACCAGGCUGGCCCGUAGAGUUCCGCGUGAUAUUAACGAGCGUGGUCGAGAUCUGGAGCAGGUUCUGAAUGCGUACAUGACUUUCGUGAAACCAGCGUUUGAAGAGUUUUGUUCACCGACUAAAAAAUUUGCGGAUGUUGUCAUACCACGAGGAGCAGAUAAUACAGUUGCUAUUGAUCUGAUUGUUCAGCAUAUUCGAGAGUUCCUGAAUAAUCGUACACGUAGCGAACAUAGCCCCCAGCUGGCAACGUGUGGCACGAGUGCGCUAAAUUUAGCCAGCGGUCGAGUUCGUUACUUCGUGUUCCACUAGAACCCAAGCGUACGUUUGUUAGCAAAAUGAUCGCAAUAGUAAAAGCGAAUCAUUUGUACGGGUGCCUAAGCAUGUAAUAACAGGAAGGAUAACACAUCUGUAACAAGGACAAAUUUGAAACUACGAAACAAACGCGUACGGCUGAGCCGUCUUGGGUGAUUUUGGUUGAAUCAAAAUUGCCUGUACUUUGAUCAGUACCUCAUCCCGUCUAUCACCAAGAAGAACCAAAAACAUGAAGCCAAAAACUAUUAUAUACUAAUUUCAUCAUCGGAACAACAAACUGGUUCUGGUAGAAAUUUUCACGAGUUAUGAGUUCAUAGGUUUGCUCAUUUAAAACUUCGUUUAAAAUCAUAAGUAGGACAGGAAGUAGAUGAGCUACUGCUAGAAUCGCUUUCCAAAAGGAAAGUGUCGUUGUGCCAUUUGUUUAGUUCACUGUGCUUCGUUACUAUUCGUUGUCACUAUUGUACUGUCUCACUUCUCGACGCUCGGACAGCCCCACGUAUGUUAGCAAUUUGGCAGUUGCAUUUGUGUGCGUAUUGUAGUUCCAACAUCAACAAAUGACCAUCAAAAGCGAACGUUUGACUGCAAUGUGUACAAUUGACGUACAAGAAAGAUCAUACAAAAAAGCAACAUUUCAAAGCCUUAUUGAUUCGUCCGUUAUUAAUUUCAUAUCGUUCGCAGCCGAAGAAAAUUUACAAACAAUUUCCACCUCGGUAAUCAGUAGACAGCUCUAUUCGGUGCUGUACGAUUACAGUUGAAACCCAGAGUAGCAACGUGAAUGUGAUAAGCAAGAGUUUUGUAGCGUCGUCAUGCAAAAUAUAAAUUCAACUUACGAACGAGAACGAACGAAUUCAAAAGCAGUGUAAUGAUCACAGUAGAACUGCACUGCAAACCAAAAUGCAAAUGGCAGUGUCCGUUGGCGGUGUCCCUCGUGGGCCGCGUGAUUUAAGCAUACAAUAACCAGUGAAGAGCAAUAUAUCGUUUACGAUUAGGGUAUAAAAGAUGUGCGUUUUUCUGUUGUGUAAGGUAGUAAGGCAAGCACUGCACGUACCCAUUUCGGGUCGGACUACACCAAACGGGGGACUAUUGAAGCUUUAGGUGCUUUGGAAAAAACGAAUGCCGAAAGCGAUAUGUCGAUGGAACUACAAUAUAGUACAGUGGCGCACCGGGGAAAUACACUUUUCCCAACGUCCCAAAUUCAAAUCUCAUUUAAAUCCCCAAUCACCCUCUGGGCAGUUUAGUACUGUGAACCAGAGGAAGUACUUUAACAAAACUCCCCAAACACCGUACGUACAAGUUGCCGAUGUACAACCAGAAGCUACUAUGGUUUAUGUUUCUAAACUGUUCGGAAAUAAAUCGAUUUCAAACAAUGCGCACUAGAGUGUGAUU